AUGCUCCAUUGGUGUUUCCAGACGGAGGUUUUUGAGUGCCUGACCGAACAAUGCUAACACUUUUAGGAUUUUGUGUUAUUGAUUUCCUGUGGUUAUCCUUGGCUUUAUGCUUUCUCUUAGCUUUUUGUGUCCACAGACUUUCACGUUACCUGCCGACUGGAUGUGAGCAUUCAAAACUGUAUAUAUUAUUCCAGGAUCUAAUCCGAUACGGUAAAACCAAGGGACCACUGAAACGAGACCACUGGCUGCGUGUUUUUGAUAUCCCAAAAAGAUGGUUCUGGCACUUCUAUGCAAUAUCUGUUGGCUGGAAUGGUUUUCUUAUUGUCCUGUCACUUAACAUGAUUGUAUGGGGCCAGAAAUUCCCAUCAUGGUUGACAGACAUAUUGAGAUUCCUGACUACUGGUGGACCAGUGGCAGUCAGGCAAGUUCCACAGGUGUCAGCUGUGCUGGUGCAGGUCCUGUUAUGGGUUCAUUCUCUUAGACGACUACUGGAGUGCCACUUGGUCAGCGUGUUCUCUGAUGGGGUCAUUCACAUUGUUCAGUAUAUAUUUGGCUUGGCCUACUACAUUUUACUGGGACUGACAGUGCUGUGCUCGGAUUCUUUGAUAAUUGAAGGAGGUGAGCUUUGUAUUGUAUUGCUUCACAAUUCACAUACUGCUUGAUGAUCUUUACCGAACAAAAAUAUAAACGCAACAUGUAAAGUGUUGGUCCCAUGUUUCAUGAGCUGAAAUAAAAUAUCUCAGAAAUGUUCCAUAUCCAGAAAAAGCUUAUUUCUCUCAAAUUGUGUACACAAAUGUUUACAUCCCUGUUAGUGAGCAUUCCUCAUUUGCCAAGAUAAUCCAUCCACCAGACAGGUGUGGUAUAUCAAGAAGCAGAUUGAACAGCAUGUUCACAUUGUGCUUGGGACAAUAAAAGGCAACUCUAAAAUGUGCAGUGCCACAGAUGUCUCAAGUUUUGAGGGAACAUGCAAUUGGCAUGCUGACUGCAGGAAUGUCCACCAGAGCUGUUGCCAGAGGAUUGAAUGUUAAUUUCUCUACCAUAAGCCGCCUCCAACGUCGUUUUAGAGAAUUUGACAGAACGUCCAAACAGCCUCGCAACUGCAGGCCACAUGUAACCAUGCCAGCCCAGGACCUCCAGAUCCAGCUUUUUUACCUGCAGAUUGUCUGAGACCAGCCACCCGGACAGCGGAUGAAACGGAGGAGUAUAUCUGUCUGUAAUAAAGUGCUUUUGUGGGAG